AUGUGGCUGCUGUUCCUCGCUGUGGGACUCAUAGGGACGCAAGAGCUCCUCGGCCAAGAGACUGCUCCUCACCACUGGCUGAGCGUUCAUGGCACCGAUCGAGGUGCUGCGCCACCCUCCUCCUUCAUCGAAGUUUAUGCUGAGGUGCACAAUGUUAAUGACGACGCUUUGCAGGCUGUUAAGCCCACCUAUUACCUUUCCAUUAUGGAGAACACCCCCGGCGGUGUUUCCGUCGUCCGCCUUAAAGCUUUCUAUCGAGACUCUGCAUCCAGCAGCGGGUUCUCCUUCAGGAUCAGCUUUGGAAAUUCUCAUAGUUUUUUUGACAUCAGUUCCAGAACUGGGGUUAUUAAAACUACUUCAAGAAAACUAGACAGAGAACAGCACGAGGAGCAUCUUCUGGAGGUAACAGUGACUGAUCAAAGCGUUCCUGCCAAGUCCGCUGUGGUGCAGGUGGUGAUCCAGGUGCUAGACGAGAAUGACAACAAGCCUCAGUUCCUGAAGAAGAUCUAUAGGAUAAAGUUACCAGAGUGGCACAAGCUGGAGCAGCAGAAAGCAGAAAAGUGGCAUCCUGUUUAUAGAUUAAUAGCCUCAGAUAAAGACAAAGGCCACAAUGCAGAAAUCUCUUACAGUAUCGAAGGAGGGGAUGAGCAACAGAAGUUCAAAAUAGAGCCCCAGACAGGGCUGGUGUCAUCCAGAGGGUUCUUCUCAGCUGGACACUAUGACAUUCUCACAAUUAAAGCUGUGGACGGUGGCUGGCCCCAGAAGUCUUCUUCGUGUCAUUUGCACAUAGAAUGGGUCCCUGUUCCCCAGCUGUCCUCCAGACUCCAGGGUUUUGACCUGAUGUCCUUCACCUUUGCUGUCAUGGAGAGUGUCCCUGUUGCUCAUGUGGUGGGGAUGGUUACCAUGGAGACCACUGACACACCGAUCUGGUUUCAGAUCACAGGGGACACAGCGGAUAAAGAUGCAUUUUACAUCUUUCAAACUGCUUGUGGCUUUAACUGCAUGGCAGAAGGUGGUGACUAUGAGAGCCACAUUGAUGUAACCAAGGGAAGCGGAGCCAUUGCUGUGGCCAAGCCCCUCAACGCAAAGCGGAAAUCGUAUUACAACCUGACAGUGGAAGCAACAGAUGGAACAAGAUUUACUAAAAUGCAGGUGUACAUCAAGGUGAUUGAAGCAAACAACCAUGGACCUCAGUUCUCCAAAGCUGUGUAUGAGAUCACCAUCUCAGAAGACACACCUCCAGGGACAGAGGUCCUGCAGCUCAGCACUACAAACAGGGAUGCGAAGACAAAACUGAGAUUCAUUCUGCAUAGCAGUGCUGACUCCUUCAGCAUGAACAAGUUCCGCUUGGAUUCAACAAAGGGUCUCCUCUACAUUGUUGAUGGACUGGACCAUGAGAACAUCCACAGACACUCCCUUACUGUGAUGGUCCAGGACCAGGACUUUCCUGCAAAGCAUAGCCUUGCACGAGUGGACAUCAAUGUGGAGAAAGCCAGUGACAACCACCCCUGGUUCUCCAGCUCCACCUACGUUGGCCGUGUGUUCGAGACGGCAGCCGUGGGCUUUUCUGCGCUGCAGGUCACUGCUGUGGACAAGGACAGAGACCAAACUGCAGAAGCCUUCUACAGCACUGAGUCAGGAAAUACGGUAAAUUCAUUUUCUGCUGAUACAGCAGCAAAGGUGCUCGAUCAUAAAAGUGAGAAGCAAUUUGACCUUGGUGUGAAAGAAACAGAAGGAGCACAGCCACCCAUGAACAUUGUGAGCACGUUUCAGAUGGACGUCACCAGCUCAGAAAACACUACGCCAAAGUUUACUAAGCAGCAGCUCUCUGUCGAAAUCAGUGAGAGAGCUCCUGUUGGAACUUUUGUGUGUUCAAUCAAAGCAUCAAGACAGUCUUCUGUUCUAUAUCAAAUAAAAGAAGGAAACAUAAAUAACUCCUUUAGCAUAAAUGCACGCUCUGGUGUUGUCAUCACUCAGAACCUUCUGGAUUAUGAAACACUACCACUUUACAAGAUGGUUGUGCUGGGCACUAAUUUAUCAGGAAUGACCAGUAAUACCACCCUGCAGAUUCGCUUGAAGGAUGAGAAUGACAACGCUCCCAUCUUCAGCCAGGUGGAAUUCACUGGUAAAGUCAAUGAAUCUGCACCACUGAACAGCACCAUCUUGGCUGGAGACGACAGUCCAUUGGUGGUCCGAGCUUUGGAUAUGGACAGCGGUGCCAAUGGUAGGCUCGUUUACCGCAUUGUUGAGCCUUCAGCUCAAAAUUACUUUGCGAUUGAUUCAAGCACAGGGGCCGUGCGGACUGUUGGCAGCCUGGAUUAUGAACAGAGGAGAUUUUUGCAGUUCACUGUGCAGGUCCAUGACAUGGGAACCCCACGCUUGUUUGCACAGACUGCAGCCUCUAUAACAAUUGAGGUCAUAGAUGUCAAUGACUGCAGUCCUAAAUUCAGCAAGGACCUGUACGAGACCUUCGUGAUGGUACCGACAUACAAAGGGGUGACAGUAACCACAGUCAGUGCCACAGACAAUGAUUCGGGAGAGCAUUCCCAACUAGUUUUCUCUAUUUCAAAUGGAAAUGUAGCAAAUAAAUUCCAGAUUGAUCCAGGAUCAGGCGUCAUCUUCAUUCACAAUGCCACUGGGCUGCAUAGCCAGUACCAGCUGACAGUGAACGUGUCAGAUGGACGGUUUUCCAGUGCGGUGCCAGUUAUAAUAAAUGUGAAGGAGAGGACUGAAAGUACUAUGAAGUUUGACCGGUAUCUGUAUACUGCCACCGUUGAGGAGAACUCAUCAGAAAGAAAAAUGCUUGUUGUCAUUUCUCCUGUGGGGAGACACAAAAAUGAGCCCAUGUUUUACACUCUCCUCAGUGUGGACACGCGGUUUCAAGUGGGGCGUACCUCAGGAGUGCUCUCAACCAACGGGGUCCCCUUUGACCGUGAGGACGAGAGUUCGUUUGAUGUGGUUGUGGAAGUAUCAAAGCGGGGGGAGACAUCUGAGGUGGCUCACGUCUGCGUGAAAGUGACAGUGAAGGAUGUGAACGACAACGCCCCCGUUUUCGUUAACCUGCCCUACCGUGCAGAGGUGCAGGUGGAUGCUGACAUAGGACAACCUGUCGUCCAGGUUACAGCCACAGACAGAGAUGCAGGCAGGAAUGCUCACAUCCAUUACCGUUUCCAGGAACCUCAGGAGCAUUUCCGGAUCACUCCUUCUGGAGAAAUUUCUCUGAAGAGACGAUUUAAAGAGGAAAACCUGAGAACAAAGUUUGCGGUCUAUGUUGUAGCUGAGGAUGAGGGAGAGCCAGUUCUUUCAUCAACAGCAGAAGUACAGAUCAGUGUAGUAAAAAAGGUCAUACCAGUACUUGAAAAAUCAUUCUAUGCUGUUGAGAUCCCAGAGAAUGUUCAGCUGCACACGCCACUCGUGCACAUCCAGGCAAACAGCUCAGCAGGAACACGGCUUGUGUAUAGCAUCAGUGAGGGAGAUCCUUUCCAUCACUUCUCCAUUGGUUUUAACACAGGUGUUAUUGAGGUCGUUCGGGCUUUGGAUUAUGAAACUCUUCCCGUCUAUAGGUUGAGUGUGAGAGCAACAGAUUCUCUGGCAGGGGCACAUGCCACUGUUUUUGUAAACAUAACUUUGGUAGAUGUUAAUGAUAACUCACCAGUCUUUACAAAAGCAGUAUAUACUGUCAGUCUCUCUGAAGCAUCUGUAGUUGGUACAUUGGUAUUGCAAGUUCUGGCCUCUGACGCUGAUUCAGGCAGUAACAAAGCAUUGUUUUAUCAGCUCAUUGAAGACAGGAACUAUGAUUCAGAUUUUUUCCGGAUUGAUCCGAGCGGUGGGGCCAUCUGGACUACCCAUAUGCUUGACCAUGAAAAAAUCCAGAAGCAUUUUCUGAAGGUCAUAGUUGUAGAUGGUGGGGCGCCAGCUCUUUCCAGCGAUGCCACUGUGGUUAUUGAUGUUGUUGAUGUUAAUGACAACUCACCAGUCUUCAUCCAGCCGUUUUACGAUGCCACGCUCAGUGAACGUGCCCCUAAUGGUCGCUUUGUCACACAAGUGCAAGCUUUAGAUGCUGACAGCUCAGACUUUGGAAAACUUAAAUAUUCUAUUUUCUAUGGAAAUGAGGACCACACUUUUGCGGUGGAUGCAAAAAGUGGCCAAAUUCAUGUUUCCAAUCACCAAAUGCUGAAGGCAGACUUUGUGUAUAACCUCAAUGUAUCUGUGUCUGAUGGCAUUUUCUACAGCUGGGCAAUUGUUUGGGUUGUUGUCACUGCAGUCAAUAUGCACAGUCCCUCUUUCUCACAUAAAGAACUUGUGGUAGAACUUGAAGAGAACUCACCUAUCGGUACACUUGCUGCACAAAUCACAGCUGCAGAUGCAGAUCCUGGACUUUAUGGGCAAGUGACAUACUUUAUCAUAAACGACUUUGCAAAAGAGACAUUUUUCAUUACAGAAAAGGGGGAUAUUUUCACUGUAGAAAGCCUUGAUCGUGAGAACACGAGAGGAAAAGUUAUUCCCAUUCGUCUGAUGGCCAAAGAUGGUGGCGGAAAGGUGGGCUUUUGCAUCAUCAAUGUCAUCUUAACUGACAUCAAUGAUAAUGCCCCUCAGUUCACAGCAGCUGAGUACAGAGCAAGUAUUGCAUCACAUGUUUCCAAAGGAACCACUGUGUUGAAAAUAGCAGCAACAGAUUUGGAUGUCGGAAUUAAUGCAGAUAUUUUAUAUGCGAUUGAAACAAGUAUUGAAAAAGUUGAAGAAAAGUUUGCAUUAGAAACUCACAGCGGUGUCAUUGUAACAAAAGAAAGCUUAAUUGGCCUUGAAGGUGACUUUUAUUCCUUCCAUGUGAGGGCAAAGGAUGCCGGGUCUCCUUCAAGGCAGUCUCUAGUGCCAGUUUAUGUCAGCGUCCUCAGACCUGAUGUACAUGCGCCAAUAUUUUCUGAGCCACAUUAUAGAUUUAGCAUAUCUGAAGACCUUCUCAUUGGGACAGAGAUCGGUGUCAUUCAAGCUGAGACCGAAGAGUCUGUGAUUUAUAGCCUCGUAAGAGGCAAUACACCAGAGGGAAACCGGGAAGGAACCUUUGCGAUUGAUCACGACACAGGGUUGUUAAAACUGAAAAAAAGAAUUGAUCACGAAAUUACCAGAUGGUACUUAUUCACACUGCUGGCACAAAGCAAUCACAAAGGCAGGGAAAUCGUGUCUGCUGUGGACGUCCACAUUCAGAUAAAGGACAUCAACGAUAACAGUCCCCAGUUUGAUGCCAGCCACUACAAAGCGUUCACUGUAGAGAACUUGCCAGGAGGAACAGUGGUGAUCCAAGCAAAGGCUACAGAUCUGGACGCAGGAGUCAAUGGUCAGGUGACGUACAGGCUGGAUGCACAGCAAGAAAACAAUGACAUCUGGCACCUCUUUGCCAUCGAUAGUGAAACCGGCUGGAUCACAACGCUCAAACAGCUCGACAGGGAGAAGCAGAGCACCUACACUCUAGGUGUGGUGGCCACUGAUAAAGGGGAGAGAGUAAGGCUCUCUGCAACCACCAAGGUAGAGGUGACGGUGGUCGACGUGGAUGACAACCCCCCACGCUUCACAGCUGAUGUUUACAAAGGCACAGUGACAGAAGGCAACCCUCUCUUCAGCAGUCCUGUCGCCAUACUCAGCACCACUGAUGUGGACUCUGAACAUGUGAAUUCACCAUUGAGCUGCUACAUCACAGGAGGAAACCCCCUGGGCCAGCUGGCCUUGGAGAACAGCCUUGGGGAGUGGAAGGUAUUUGUUAAGAAGCCUCUGGACAGGGAAGAGAGAGAAAAUUACCUCCUAAACAUUACUGCUACUGAUGGCACCUUUGUGGUCAACACCACUGUGGAAGUGAAGGUUCUGGAUGAAAAUGACAACAGCCCUGUUUUUGAGAAGGCCCUAUAUGCUGCACGGGUUCCCGAGGACGUCCUUACAGGGCAGAUCAUACUGCAGGUCUCAGCAGCAGAUGCAGAUAUCAACUCCAAUGCACAGAUUUCUUACAAGCUCUUAGGAGAUGGAUCGAAAGUAUUCAGCAUAAACUCAAGCACAGGUGAGCUGAAGACGGCUCGACCCCUGGACCGCGAAGAGAAGGCGUUUUACAGGCUUCUGGUUCAAGCGACAGAUGGAGGAGGACGCCACAGUCAGUCAGACGUUGAGAUAACAGUGGAGGACAUCAAUGAUAACGCGCCGCAGUUCACUGCCGACACCUUCUCUUUCACGGUGUUUGAAAAGACAGAGACAAACACGUUAUUGGAGCAACUGCAGGCUGUUGACCUUGAUGCUGGUGUGAACAGUAGUAUCAUAUACUCGCUGGUGGACUCUGCAGACGGCUGGUUCUCCAUUGAUGAGCGGUCGGGGAUCAUGCGCCUGGAAAAGCCUCUCAACAAGCAGUUGCAAGCACUUUACAUUCUAGUAGCCCAAGCCAGAGACCAGGGACCUGCCCAAACGCUGUCCUCCACCUGUCAGGUUAUAAUAUCUGUGCAAGAAGCUGACAAGAACCCACCAGUGUUCCACAGAAAGGAGUAUAUAGUCAGUGUGCCAGAGGACAUCGCCACUGGAACACGGAUCCUCAGUGUCUUCGCUGUCAGUAGAAAUAGUGAAGCCGAGAUCUUCUACUCUGUUGCCAACGACAACGAACAUAUGAAGUUCCGCAUAGACUCUCAUGCAGGUGACAUCUUCACCAUUGAGAGUUUGGACUAUGAGCAGUCCCAUGAGCACUACCUGACUGUCGAGGCUGCUGACAGAAGUGUACCGUCACUCAGCAGCACUGUGACAGUCCACAUCAUCGUAACAGACGUCAAUGACAACAGUUCCACCUUCAGCCAAGAUGCCAACGAUGCUGUGGUUGGUUCACUGACGUUUGGGGGAAAGGGCUAUAUCAAACUCCAUCUGCUAGAGAACGAAAGCCAGGAGGUAAUGAAGCUGUCACUCCAACUGAGGACCUUCUCCAGCCAAGCAACCAUCAUGUAUUCCGAGGGGACAGACUAUAGUGCUCUAGAGAUCUUGCAUGGCCGACUGCAGUACAGGUUCCAGUGUGGCAAUACCUCAGGCAUGGUGUCCGUGCCCAGUGCCCAGGUAAAUGAUGGCAAGUGGCACACAGUGCUGUUGGAGAUGAACAGUAACUACACCAAGCUGACCCUGGAUCAGGUGUAUAGUGCUUCGAGUAGCUCACAAGGAACGCUCUGCACCCUGAGCCUGGACCGCAGUAUUUUUUUGGGUGGCUGUUUACAGCAGCCUGGAGCUAGGCUCCCACAUGUGCCCUCUGUCAGCUGUAGCCUGCAGGGCUGCCUGGGUGCUGUGGUGCUGAAUGGCAGGGAGCUCAUCCUGACCCCAAUGUCUGAUGGGGACUUGCUGGAUGUCACACCCGGCUGCUCCAUCACACUACCCCAGGCCUGUUCCAGCAACCCUUGCAGCAAUGGGGGUACCUGCAUCACCGUGCCCGAGGGAGGUUAUUUCUGUCAGUGUAGAGGCUUGUAUGUGGGAACUCGCUGUGAAAUUGGCCCAAGUUCCUGUGCAUCCAAUCCCUGCCUAUAUGGAGGAACAUGUAUUCCAGCUGCCAGUGUAAAGGACAACUUCUUCUGCCAGUGUAAAGGACAAUACUCUGGUAAAAGGUGCGAGGUUGGGCCGUACUGUAAAGAUAAUCCCUGUAAAAACAAUGGGACAUGCAUAGAGAGCUUGGAUGGGCCUAAAUGUCAAUGUGAACUUGGUUUCCAAGGACCAAGGUGCCUUGAGGAUGUUGACGAAUGCAUGACGAACCCCUGCAGUAAUGGAGGACAGUGCAAGAACACAUACGGCUCCUACAAAUGCAGCUGCUCCCGAGGAUUUGGAGGGAGACUCUGUGAGCUCAAAGUAGAGGUCCAACAUGAACUUGUCUCCAGUUCCUGGGAAAAUAUACUGCAAGAGGUUUUUGGGGCAGCUGUGUUUGUAGUGAGCAUGAUCAUGCUUGUCCUGAUUUUCAUCCUCAUUCACAAAAAGCUGUCAAAUCCAUCCAAGCUCAACUCUGAAGACCAUGAGCAGAUGGUCACCAACAUCUUCUUGCAGAAUCCUUUUUUUGACACUAAGAUCAGCAGAAACAUCUGCACAAAGGUCCCUCCACAAGUUCCAGUGCAACCGGUCUGUCACACCUCUUUUGAGGAUUGUACCAUCCCAGAACACCGAGAAUCCAACCUCUUCAGCUUAGACUCAGCUCCAUCUUGUAAGUCUGUGACUGUGUGCAACACAACACCCAGUAUGCCCCCUCCUCCAAUUUCCAGCUUUCCCUCAAACAGCAGCUCCAUCCGAAGACCUAACUGUGACUACGACUAUGACGGCAGAGCCGUGCAGCUUCACCCACCGAAGAAGCCACUGCAGGAGAACAGCUGUCAACUGUCUGAUGUCCAGUCUCAGAGCUCCUUGCAGCCAGAGUCCAGCGAUGACAGUGGUUAUCAUUGGGACACAUCUGACUGGAUGCCAAGUCUUCCACUUCCCUCAGUUCUGGAAUUCCCACAAUUUGAAGAGAUGAAAACUCCUGCCUCAUUGUUUAAUGAGCAAGCCAUUAGCAAGACAGACUUCCUUGGAGAAGAUGACAUCAACAGCGACUUCCCACUUAGUCCAGAUGACUUUUCUAUCCAGGAAGACCUUCCCACAUUUACAGAUUAUGUCUACUCAACCAGCAGGCCCAACAUGAUGUACAAGACCUUUACAGCCUACAUGAUCUGCACAUACAAAAUGACCAACAUGACCAGCCCAAUGUAUACCAACUACAUGACCCAGAAGCCCAACAUGGCCUACACCAUCUGCAUGGCCAUCAUGGGGUACAUGGCCUACAUGUCCAACAUGAACAACGUGACCUACAUGAACUAG